AUGGACCCGCACAAGGUUAACGACGGCUUUGGCGACGCGGUGGACAAGCUGAUGAUGACCGCCGACAUCGAGAACCGCGGCUGCCAGCUCGUGUCUUCGCCUCCCAGCGCCUCCUCCGAAACCGACCAUAUAACCGAGAUGCAGAGGCUGAAGACACUGCUGGCGUCGCCACCCGGUGGAGUGCCGGUGGAUAUGACGGGGGCAGACCCCUUGGUACGUUAUGGCUCCCAGCAUGGCAAGCACGUGUCCGCCGAAUCCCCUGGAGCAGCCGGGUCAGGGAACCGCGGCGGCGUCGAGUUCCUGGCAAAGCAGCUGAUGCACGGCAAAGGGUCGGGGGCCGCAUCACCGGCGCAGCCCAACCUGUCUAACCGCUCGGACAUGUCGUCGGCGCUGCUCAAGAGCGGGGAGGGCGCCAACGUGCUCAAGCAUGCGGAGGCAGUUAUCGAGUACCAGCGGGAGCGAAUAAGCGCGCUGGAGUCGGCGGUGGAGAAGUUCAACCAGGCGCUGGCACAUACGAACAACAUGCACAAGAACGAGCUCCAGCGACAGAUGGACGAGAAUGUGGCGCUGCGCCAGGAGAUGCAGAAAGUGAUCACAGAGUUCGAGGUGCUCUCGCAGCGCUACCAGAUCGACAUGAGCGAGACGGAGCAGCUGAAGAAGAAGGUUAACAUAUUCACGCACGACCUCGCAAAACGCGAGGACGAGUUGGCACGUUUGCAGGAGCAGAUGCACCAGCUCCCGCUCGACAACAACGAGCUGAAGGCCAAGAACCGCAUGCUGUCCAAGGAAAUCGACCGGUUAAACCGCGAAAUACGCGGACUUAACGUGCUGGACGCGAAGAUCAACUCCAAGCCCGCCACGGCAGCGGUUGCCGGCACCACCAUGGCGUGCGCCGCGCAGCACGAGAAGCUGAAGGCCAGCACCAAGUGCAUCGCGCAGCUCGAAAACGACCUGCAGUCGUACAAGCGCCUCACAGAAUCGCAGAGCAUGGACAUCAAACGCCUACACCACCAGCUCGACAAGCUGCAGAAGGAGGCCAAGCCGAACAACUACCUGCUGGCGGCGCAACGGCAGAUGUUGCAGAUACGCUCCGUCUUCCUGCAGCUGGCCAAGCAGUCCACGCAGCCCAAGCCGGACGCAGCGCCGAUCAGCGUCGACGAGGACCUGAACAACCGCUCCUUGUAUGCCGCGUACAACAUGAAGGCGUCGGCCGAGUUCCGCGAGAUGUACGACAAGCUGCUCGAUGUGGUCAAUCGCAACAUGUCGCGGCACGUUAUCGAAGGCGGGUUCUACACCAUGCCGGUGUUCUACAGCUGCGACUCGGUAAACGAGCAGCUCCACGUGAAGGUGGAGGAGUCCCUGCUGAUAUUCAGCCGCGAGGACGAGAACCAACUGACGGAGGUGUUGCGGAUCCCGCUGAGCAUGGUGCUGGGCGUGAAGAAGAAGGCGGACGCCAAGGAGUUCUACAUCCACACCAACGAUUCGGCGGUGCACAUAUUGCGCUCGGACAGCAGGGACAUAUACAACCGGCUCUACUACGCGCUGCAGUACGCCGGCUUCAUCAGCGAGCAGGUGAGGUUCUCCAUUUUCAGCAAGGUCGACCUUAACUGGGUGCCGACGGACUGCAGCUGGCCGCUGAACAGCGCCGUCGUCGUAGCGACGGAGUCGGGGUACAAGGGCCCCCCUCCGAUGAACAUGGAGCAUGUGCGGCGCGCAUUGGCCGAGGUGUACGUGCUAACCGACCCCACGGAGCGGCUGCUGACGAUCGACCAGAAUUCGAAUUCGCUCGUGGUUUCAGGCCCGCAGAUGUCAGCGACGCCGUUCAUUGUCCCCUGCGACGGCGCCAUGGCCGUGCGGCUCUGCGACCCCGCGCAUGUCGACUGCGACGAGUUCACGCCUGCGGACCCUCCCGUCGCAACCCUGGCCAAUGGCACGCCAACGACCUCGUACUUCGUCAACUCAGGGCACGUGUUUGCGUUCGUGGCGGUCGGCAACCGCAUCCUCUUCGUGAAGGGCGCCACUGCGGACGACGAAAGGCGGCUCCUGUCGCUCCUGCGCAAGGGCGUGUACAAGAGGCCCAUUGAGUCCUCUGAGUACCUCGCAGAGACGCCUGCGCGCAUCACCUCGCGCAAAUCGACGCACUUGGACCACCCCAUCUCCCUGAGCGCACCCUCCUUCAUCAUCCGGUCGCGGGACACCAUGGAACUGCCCACGUCCAUGGCCGAAACCGUGGCGCCCAAGUUGUACGACUUCGUGGAUGGCAAGUUGGUGCUCUACACGCAGCAGGAGGAGCACACCGUGCUGGAGAAAGACAACGGCAGUUACCGCGUGAACGCGGAUACACGCGAGGUGGCGCUGUUGUCGGGUUCCCUGGAAACGUACGUCUUGAGUUUCCGCACCGACGAGGAGCUGCGCGAAUUCACCAGCAAGCUCGAGGCGCAAGGAUUCGCCCAGCCGAACGUGGUUGAAGUGCACCAGCAGGUCUGCAUUGUGACGGCGGGCUGCUUGCGGCUGUACAAGGACGCCCAGGACGCCCCCAUAGUGACCUUCGACAACCAGGACACGGAAGUCGACGUCAACGAGGAGCGCCGCGAGAUCAAGAUAACCAACGCGAAGGACGAAAGCGUGAAGAUGACCAUAGAUUGCGUCAGCCCUGCUGAGUUCCGCCGCUGGAAGUUUGCAUUGGGAUUAGCGGGCUUCAUUAAGGGCAUUAUCAGGGCUCGCACGGGCGACGCCCUCAAAAAGUACAUCUUCCCGAUCAAGAUUUUCGACGACGAAAUCCAGUCAGAGCGCCGCGCGUUCCAGGUCGAACCGGGCCGCAUUUGCUUGUACGUCAACCCUACGAUCGCCACGCCCUUCCUGGUCUUCGACAAGUCCAAGUCGGCUCUCGAGCUGUUCGACCACGAGCGCCGUCUGCGCCUGUACGUGAACCGCAACACGAAAAUGGAGGAGCGCUUUGAUUUCGGCCUGGCCAUGCUUACCGACUACCAGUUGCUGAAGACGGCGCUGCGUGAAAACGGCUACGUCACGGAGCCGGUGAAGGGCAAGGUCACCCGAUACCACUUCGUCAUUUCCAAGCCGGGCUUGAUCUCAGUUCACCGCACCAAGUUCGACGCCGACCCGCAGCUGGUGCUCGAGCGCAAGCUCUACACCGCCGAGGUCACCAACAUGUGCAUCAAGUUCGUCACCAAGGGCGACACCGGCAAGACCAUCACAAUCCUGUUCAAGAAGGAGUUCAACUUCAAGCGCUGGCUGAUGGCGUUGAAGGUGGCCGGGUACCUGCCGCUGACUCCGGAGACGGUGCCGGUGCUCUACCUGCCCACGAUCAUCUACGGCCACAUCUGUGCCGAGAUCCCGGCACUGUUGAAGGGCCAUCUAAAGUGA